CCGGUUAAGUAGGAUAAAAAAUUGUAUUCUACAAAAAUUAUAAUAUUAAAAAAAAAAAAAUACAUAAAACACAUGAGUUGAGAAAGUCAUGCAGUUUAGUUUUGGAACCACUUUUGCUAAAAUAUCGAAAGCAAAGAAUCGAAUCGUACACCAAACCCCCAAAACCUCAAUUCUCUCACAUUCAAACGCCUCAAUUUUCUGUCUCUGUUCACCGGAAGGAUUUUUAUCUACUUUUUCAGCAUCACCCAAAAUCUAGUGAAAAGUUAUGACGUUUCAGCCACCAUUAUCGUUUUCAGUAUUCCAGAGUAAAGGGUUUUGAGUUUUUCAGAGGAGGAGAAUCAUGGAGUUCCAAGAAGGUUUGAUGAGGUUGAUUAUCCAAGACGCAGAAGAAAACCAUUGCAAAUCAAAAAGAGAAAAGAAGAAAGAGAAGAGUGCAGAGACUGGUAAUCCAAGACGUAAAUGGAAGCUUUUUCAUAGGUCAUCGACUGCAAUUCCCACAAAAGCCCAAUCAAAUCAACCUCCCAGUGAAUUUUUAUGUCCCAUUACUGGGUCUUUAAUGGCAGAACCAGUUAUUGUGUCAUCAGGCCACAGUUUCGAACGUGCCUGUGUUGAAAUAUGUAAAGCUUUAGACUUCAUUCCCACUCUACAAGACGACUCCACACCCGAUUUCUCCUCCGUGAUCCCCAAUCUCGCCCUGAAAUCUACCAUCAUUAGCUGGUGCCAGAAGUACUCUGUAAAUCCUCCGAACCCCCUGGAUUCUAACUCUGCCGAGAAGCUUGUUCGUACAUUAAUGGCGACACAGGAUCAAAAACCCAAGACCAACCAGAUGAAAAGCGAUAGCGAAGACAAUGAGAUUCUAAUAAAAGAGAAAUUAGUACAAUUAAUUGAACCCGUAACCGUGAAUUUCAACCACGCAACCACCAAGGUUCCUCAAAGCCCGAUUCACUUCCAGUCGAAAUCGUUGGAAUCCAUCGAAACAACGAUGCCAUCUCCGCCAUUGCCACUCGCUACUCGACCGAGUUGCUACUCUUCUUCAUCAUCAUCAUCAGAAAUCGAAACCCUCCCCAUUACCCCUGAAGAAGAAGAUGAAAUACUAACCAAGCUUAAAAGCCAACACGUCUUCGAAGUGGAAGAGGCUCUAAUCACAAUGAGAAAGAUCACGCGGACGAGAGAGGAGUCCAGGCCCCACCUCUGUUCCUAUCAAUUGCUCUCAGCCCUAAAAUCGUUGAUCGUCUCGAGGUACACUGGUGUUCAGGUGAACUCAGUCGCAGCUUUGGUAAAUCUGUCUCUUGAUAACACGAACAAGAUGAAGAUCCUACGGUCAGGAAUCGUUCCCCCUUUGAUCGACGUCCUCAAGGGCGGUUCCAAGGAAGCACAGGAGCACGCGGCCGGAGCAAUCUUCAGUUUAGCCCUAAACGACGACAACAAAACCGCCAUUGGCGUAUUAGGAGCUUUGCCGCCAUUGCUUCACUUGCUCCGAUCCGAGAGCGAGCGGACUCGGCACGACGCAGCGCUCGCUCUGUACCACCUGACGCUGGUCCAGACGAACCGAACCAAGCUGGUGAAGCUCGGCGCAGUCCCGAACCUCCUAUACAUGGCAAAAUCCGGCCACAUGACGAGUCGAAUACUGCUCGUACUCGGCAACUUGGGCUCUUGUACGGAGGGCCGGGUAGCGUUGUUGGACGCCGGUGCGGUGGGGAGUUUGGUGGAGAUGUUAAAGGGGGGCCAGUUGGGUUCUGUCUCGGCUAGGGAGAGCUGCGUGGCGGUGCUGUACACGCUGAGCUACGGGGGUUUGAGAUUCAAGGCGUUGGCUAAGACGGCAGGGGCCGUGGAUGCGUUGUGGAAGGUGGAGACGGUGGGGACUGAGAGAGGGAAGCAGAAGGCGAAGAUGAUAAUGGAGAUCAUGAAAGGGAGAGGGGACGUUGAAGAAGAUGAGGAUGUGGAUUGGGAGGACUUGCUUGAGUCGGACUCUGACUCUCAUUCUCAUUCUCGACUCUUCGUCGGCGGUGGUGGAAUCACCGGGUCCAAGCAUAACUCGUCCGAGUUUUGAGUACAGUUAGUUUUCUUUUUUAUAUAUUAUUUCUUUCUUUUUGAGUUCCUUCUCAUUAUUUCUUGGUUUUUUUUUUCAGAAAUUCUCUUUCUUUUGUAGAAAUCUACAGUUUUUUGGGGGUUGUGGUGGAAGUGAGUUUGCUCUGUUUUUGGUUUCGUUUUUACUGAAAUUAGGAAUCUUAGAACUGAAAGUGUAAAUUUAGGAUGCUUUUAGUGAAUUUAGUUUUUUUUUAGUUUGGUAUUUUAAACACACAAUUCAAUCUUUCUAAUAAAAAAAAAAUGAGUUUGUAUGAUUAUGUAUGACCUGUGCUCUCUAGUUUUUUACCAGAAGAAAUCAUUGUUUGGAAUAUUGUUUUGCAUAUAUAGGAUUUUUGCGGACGAUGAACUAUAUAUUAUUGUGUA